AUGGAAACAGACCAGAUAUUUCAAGAAUCUACCCUUUUUUGGGGACAUUUGAAAGAACUGUUGAAAUGCCCUGAAGUUGAGGACUAUGAAUUGGCAAACACCAGACUUGUCCAGUAUAUCAAGACCGUUUCUGAUCAUGUUCAUAUUUAUAUAACUGAGGAUCAUGAUCUUUAUCAAUGUGGUAUUGGAUUAAUAAGUUCCCCCAUUUAUGAAAUUCAUAGAGAGUUUUGCAUCUCCAAAAUGUUAUCAUUCUUAAAUAUUGAUUUAUUGGAACAAAAUUUCAAACUUUUCGUUAGUUAUGUGCUAUUAUUAGAUUGUAAAAAUGAUGCUUCAAUACUUCAAUUAGUUCAAGAUUAUCAAGGUUUCAAUGUGUUGUAUAAGAAUUUACAUCAAAAUUUUGAAAAUGUCGCUUUGCUAUCCAAAAAGGAAGGUGAUUCUAUCACAAUAGGUGUUAUCAAAAGGAUCUGUACUAUACAAUUGGAUUUAAUGUUUCAAAUGUGUAAAUAUUUAUCAAUCACCCAGGAGGAAUUAACAAUAAUUGAUACUUUCUUCAUCAAUUAUAUAUUUGAAUCAUUAAUAGUGGUGGACUCUGAAGAGGAUUUAUUUAAUUUUGCUAAAUUUAAAAUCAUUUUGGCUGUUAAUGAACAAUUCAUGAUUGUUUCAAGAGAAUCCAAAAUUGAAAAUAAAGUAUUCCAUACAAUUGCAACUCAUACAACUUUUAGAAAUUUUAGUGAAUGUUUAUUAGUUUAUUUCAAUAGAGAGGAGGACCGCUGUUUACAAAUUAUGAUUUCAAAAGUUUUAUACCUGAUUUUCACAAACUCUUCAACAAAAGAAUUGUUUUAUCAUAAUGAUUUAAAUGUUUUAGUUGAUGUUUUAUUAAGAGAAUUGAGAAAUUUAUCAGAAGAAGAGGAAAGUAUAAGAAAUACCUUCUUACGUGUCCUAUAUCCAUUAUUAAAAUGUUCACAAUUUGAAGAUACAAAUUAUAAAAAAGAUAAAUUAAAAAAAUUAUUAAAUUACUUUGCUGGUCAAAGUGAAUCAACAUUUUGGCAUCAAACUGAAACAACUAAAAGAUUAGCAUUACGUUGUCUUUCAAUUAACUGGUUAACAAGAGAAGAAGAUCAAGAUUCAGAACCAUCACCUUCACCUCCAAAAAAGGAUACAUUGACUGUACCUGAAAUUAAUCAUUCAAAUACAUCUAUAAAUUCAAUUUCUAAAAGACAACCACCUCCUGCUCCUUUACCUAGAAAGCUCUUGAGCAGGAAUUCAAGUUAUCAUAAUACGAGUAAUGAUACUCAUACCAAUAAUAAUAAUCGUAAUAAUGGGAAAAUAAUGCCACCAAGUAUCCGUUAG